AUGACUAACUCUUGUAUUAAAGCUAGGAAUUUUUUUGGAGUUGUUCAACGCAUUUAUACAAUUUUCGCCAAUUCUACUAAGAGAUGGAAAAUUUGGAAAGAUAAUGUAAAAGGGUUGACUCCAAAAUCAUUGUCAUCCACUCGUUGGGAGAGUCGUGUAGAAAGUGUCAAAGCUAUAAGAACUCAAAUGCUAGAAUUUACAGAAGCUUUGCUUGAAGUGUCAGAAAAUGAUCUUGAUCCUAAAAUACAAAAUGAAGCUAAAUCCUUAGCAAUAAAUGAGCUUGGUGAUUUUGAGUUUUUGAUGGCUAUAAUUAUUUGGUUUGAAAUAUUAUCUGCAAUUAAUUCUGUUAGCAAGCUUUUACAAGAAAAGGAUAUGCUUAUUGAUGUUGUUAUGCAAAAAAUUAAGGGGUUGAUUUCGUAUUUUGAGGGAUAUAGAGAAACAAGUUUUUAUAAGGUAUUGAUUAACGCUAAGGAAAUUGCGGUGGAAUUGAAUAUUACCCCAAUAUUUCCUCAAAGGCGUAUAAUUAAAAGAAAAAGGCAAUUUGAUGAGAAUUUGAAUAUCCCAUCAGUCGAGCUAUUAGAAGAAGAAUCAUUCAGAGUUAAUUAUUUUCUUUACCUUGUUGAUCGAGCUGUUGUUUCUCUUAAUAAGAGGUUUGAGCAAUACCAAGAAUAUGAAAGUAUUUUUGAUUUCUUGUUUACUUCUCACAAGUUACAAUCAUUAGAUAAUGCAACUUUGAAGUCUUGUUGUACUAACUUUGAGCAAGCAUUGAAACAUAAUGAGCAAUCUGAUAUUGAUGGGAAUGAAUUUUUUGCAGAGUUGAAAUUACUAAGAGAAAUGUUGCCUGAAGAAACCAUAAGACCUACUGAUAUAUUAUUAUUUUUAAAAGGCUUGGAUUGUUUUUCUAAUACAGUUAUUGCAUAUAGAAUCUUAUUAACUAUUCCUGUGACAGUUGCUUCUGCAGAAAGAAGUUUUUCAAAAUUGAAGUUUUGCUUCUGCAGAAAGAAGUUUUUCAAAAUUGAAGUUGUAGUUAUUGCAUAUAGAAUCUUAUUAACUAUUCCUGUGACAGUUGCUUCUGCAGAAAGAAGUUUUUCAAAAUUGAAGUUGUUAAAGACUUACUUGCGGUCUACCAUGUCACAAGAAAGGCUUAAUGGAUUGACAUUAAUAGCUAUUCAAAAUGAUAUUUUGGAGACAAUAAAAUAUGAAGACUUAGUUGACGAUUUUGCUUCAAAAAGUGUUCGUAGGAAGACUCUUUUUAUGUAG